GUCUGCUGUGAUGCCAGAUACGAGUACAGGUACCGUACGUACCAUCCUGUCUGUUCGGAAGCAACGCGUCCGACGGAAAGCACACUCUUGCGGAGAUCCCCCGUGCCACUGCGAAGCCCCGCUCCAGUGUUUUCACCAGCAAUCCGUCGAAGCAAGCAACGCCCCACCCUUCCCCCGUUUCGAUCCAACCAUGGCAAGAGGCCACAUCGAACGGACCCUCCUCCUCCUCGCCGGCGUACUGGUCAUUGGCACGCAGCUGCAUCCGGCGGAGGGACAGGAGAACACCAACGUCCUCACCGGGAACGGAUUGUACCUCGAUCGAUUCAACUACGACGCGACGGUCCAGAGGCCCGAUGGCUUCACGGACUACGGGCCCUCGGACUGGGAGAACAUCGAGUGCGACGAGCGAGACGCCCUCCAGUCCUGCCUGGCCUACCCGGACAAGUGGGAAACCGGGCGCGCCUGGGCCGUGAACCGAAACUACUGCCGGUGGUGCCCCGCGUCCGACCCGGACCGGUGCAGCCGGCACCACCAGUCCCCGAUCGACCUGCAGAGGGCCGUCGGGAAAGAGCCGGGGACCGACUGGCUUGCCAACGAGUGCAUCGUAAGUCGUGCCGUAUUCUGUCUUGUCGUUGCGUUGCGUUGCGUUGCGUUGCGUUCCGUUCCGUUCCGUUCCGUUCUUUGCGUGCCACUAUAGAGUGCACGGCUCUCUGCACCUGCCGCUUGUCGCUUGUCGCCACCCCAAGCCACGGGCGACUGAUCGGGUUUUUGUUUUGCCUUCUCGUUCUCGUUUUCUUUUCCUUGUGUCGCUCGUUUCCCCCAGGACAUCCACUGGAUGAAGUACGAGGACUCGACGUGCACGAUGGAACAGCUCAUCGAGGCCGACGCCUUUACCAUCGAACGCCACGCGCUGCGGAUAUCCCAGCCCAUCGCGGUCUACGACGACUUCCGGGACGACCCCGACGGGGUCCCGGACGGCGUCAAGCUCGAGUGCCGCAAGGAGGGCGUCGGCAGCCGGUUCGGACGGAUCGACUUUUCCAAGGGCUUUAGCCAGUGGUGGCACCUCAGCCACACGGACCUGCACACGCCCUCCGAGCACACCCAGGACGGCGUCCGGUACGACGCGGAGAUCCAGCUCCACCAUUUCUACAGCGUGACGGCCCGGGAGGCCGGGAUCAACAACGAGGUGGCGACCGUCGCGGUCUUUGCGCAGGCCUACGACGACGUCGCCCCGUACCCCUUCCUCGACAAGGUCAUCUGCCAGUGGAGGCGGAGGGAGUACGAGGUCCGGACCGCGUGCGGGCUGGAGCCGAUCCGGCUUUCCUACCCCGGGUGCUUCCCGCUGAAGCGGAAGGAGCGGAGCCUGCGCAAGGGUGCGAAACCCGGUUCCGCGACCCCCCGGUUCCAAACGGCCCACGACGUCAUCCUCCACAACGACCGGCACCGGACCGACCCGAACCACACCCACACGAGGCUCCGCAUGGAGGAGGCCAACUGGGGGCCGGCGGAAGACAAGGACUGGGAUACCUGGAUCGGGGAGCAAUCGAAAAAGAUGGAGGCCGACGAGGCCCUCUACCACUCCAUGCGGGAGGAGCACCACGGGGGGAACCACACGGAGGCCCUCCACCGGGACUUUCGCGCGCUCUUCCAGUUCGAGGAGCUCGAGUGGUUCAACUACUGGCCCAUGCUGGGGGUCCGGACGGAGUACUACUUUCGGUACUCGGGCUCGCAGACCGUCCCGCCGUGCUACGGGAACUUCGUCUCGGAGUCCCGGACCGGGACGAACCACUGGCGGGUCCUGAAGGACCCCAUCCGGAUCCACACCCGGCAGCUCGCCGAGAUCCGCCGGCUGACCGCGGAACGGAUCGCCCCCCCCGGGAGCGCCGUCGGUUCCUGCACACCCGACACGGCGUCCACCGUCACCUACGACGAGGCCGACCCCACAAAGAUCGUAAGCGUGGAGAACGCCCGGCCGCUGCAGAGCUGGGCCAGGCCGCACUUCAAGACCUUUUGCGAGUGCAAAGACUGGCCGUCCAAGUGGCCCGAGGACCGGCGGUGGUGCGAGAUCGAGGACGAGGACGAGCGCUUCUACGACAAGCCGUACAACUUUGGCUGGUAGCCGGGGCACAGGCGCGCACACGCAGAGCGAGAGAGAGAGAGACAGGGGGGAAACGAGAAACGACGCUCCCGGACCACCGGAUUUCGCCCCGACAACCGUAUUGCUGUAAGCACUAGCUAGGAUAAAAAUUACUUAUAGAACAGCCUCUCUACUGCGGAAGAUUUUUGAGUUCCGCAAAGCACCAGAACGUUUGGCUUUUGCCGUACAGCUACAGUACUUGCGCAGAUUCUGUGUCC